AUGUCAAACCUACUACGAGUACUACAAGCACCACUACUUCGGUCAGCACUACAAGCACCAGUACUUUGGUCAGCACCACCACUACUUCGGUCAGUACCACCACUACUUCGGUCAGCACUACAAGGACCACAACUUCGGUCAGCACUACAAGCACCAGUACUUUGGUCAGCACCACCACUACUUCGCGGUAGUCUUGAUUCAUCAACCACCACAACAAGUGGCAUGAUUAUGAUAUUAAAUGAUACAACAACUACUACUACUACUGACACUACUUCGACUACUUCAACAACAAUAGCAACUCCUCCACCGGGUUCGUAUGUUAACCAAUUAUAA